AUGGUUUUUUGUCCUCUAAUAAAAGAAGCAGCCAUGAAUGACCCCUACAAUCCAAAUCCGCCUCUCUCCUACGAGGCAUCCGCCACCACGACUCAUCCCCACAUCGCUACGACUCUACCGCCAGAGGUAGUCUCUUGUCUGAGAAACUCACGCUUCCUCCAUCUUGCAACAUGCGACGGCUUAAUCCCCCACAUCUCCCUCAUGUCCUACACCUACCUGCCGUCUACGCCCUUUGAUCCGCACCCAACCAUCAUAAUGACCACUAAUCCGUCGUCCCGAAAGACAAAUCAUCUCCUCACAAAUCCUCAUGUCUCCCUCCUCGUCCACGACUGGGUCUCCCACCGUCCCCCGCUCCGAGCUUCUAACCCAGGAGAUCGCGAGGGCUCUCCUCCGCCCGCAGCCACCCGUUCGUCACUAGCUGGUAUGUUGCUUAAUCUGAAUACCAGCGCACUGUCCAGUAUCUCGACAACUCUUGCGGGAGAGGCGCGGUUUCUGGAGCCAGGAUCAGAGGAGGAAAGCUGGUGUAAGGAGAGGCAUUUGGAGAAUAAUACUUUUGAGGAGGAAGAGAUGAAUCUGUUUGGUCUGCAACAGCAGCAACAGCAACAACAGUCGGGAGAGACAGCUGGUCAACGACGUCCGAGUAUGACAGUUGAUGAUAGUGCGCGGGUGGUUACUGUUAGGGUGCGAGAAGGGCGGAUUGCGGAUUGGAAGGGAGGUGUUCGAGAUUGGACAAUUGUUACGGAUGGUCAAGAGCAGCCAGCGACAGCGCCUGUCAAUGGUGUGCCGUCUUCAUCUUCGUAG